AUGGUUCUGAAGAAGUUUUUGGCAUUGCCUAACAUUAAUUACAAGAUGUAUAGACAAAUAUUAAUUCUCACAUUAGUCCUGUUUGUUUGCAUAUCUGACGGACUAAGAAAUAGGAAAUUUGGAGUACAAAAUGAAAAUGAUUACAACGAUGGGGAAGAUUUAAGGUUACAACAAAAUGACUACGACACGCCAUACGCGACGAAUUAUAACUCCAGAUAUUAUGGUCAUAGACGAUCGCAUAACAAUGGAUUAAAAUGUUCAAAGACUUCUGGAUACCACAAAUGCAGAUCUUAUCGAGUGCGUCACCUCAGUUCCGCAACUUGUCGUCUUUUAGGAAGCAUAAUUGUAUUAAACGAAGAUUUUGAAACACGUAGAUGCGUCAAAUAUUGCUGUCCGAGGUUACCGUUGCUCGUUCGACAUCACAAGCCUGGAGCAACAAUACCCAACUCAGUCACUGCAACGUCGACAAAACAUGACCCAACGAAUACAAUCCCUAUACCAGCUAAUAUAACCAAAGUUAAAGAAAACACGAGCAUAGAAAAAAGAAUAAGCACCACAAAGCCAACUUCCCCAACACCAAAGAAGAAAAAUUCGGACGAUAAAAGCAGAAUUUUCUUGCAUAAAUCUCUCGAGAAUGCAAAUGUAGAAGAUGGCAAUUUGGAAAAAGACCUUCUUGCUAUUCUCCAGAAAACAAAAAAUACAAUGACUGAAAAUCCUAGCAGUGAAGAGGAUAUACUUGUGGAACAAUUAAGAAAACUAACAUGAAUAUAUUUUAAGAGGAUUCGACUUAACACAUAAAUACAAAUGUAUGAACUGACUAAGGACCAAUAAUACUCAACAUUUCACAGCCAUUAACAGAAAAAUUAGAAGUUUUUUGUUUUCUGAAAAAUGUAUUUUUUCACAUAAUUUUUUGAAAUACAUUUAUAACAGCAACCCGUAAUAAGUUGAAUAAUUUACUGAAUUUCACUAAAGAGGGAACAGUUAUAAGAGUGCUGAAUGUGUUAUGUACAAUAACAUGGAUAACAAAAAUAUUAAAAAAAAUGUACACGAGCAUGAAGUUUGAUAUUACUGAUCAUUUUAGGAUAAAUGUUAUUCGACCUUUCCCAAAUUGCAAAAACUUUGUUUUAGAUAAUUUUAUUUUAAUUUUAUUCUUUAUGUUUAAAGAAAAUUGUUAUUGUUAGUAAUUGAUUGAAAUGAUUAUCACUGAUAUGGAUGUUAUUUCAGAGGAUCCAUCGUUUAUAUGUAAAGAUACCAGUCAAAUUGGGGGAUUUUCUGACUCAAAUUAAUAAAAAAAUUGGGUACUCCUUAAGUAUGCGCAUCAAGAUGUCGCACAACCUGAAUCCAAACCUGGUACGCAACCGGAGUUCAGGUUGUGCGCCAUCUUGGUGCGCAUACUUCAGGAGUUCCAAAAAUUAAAAUAUAUAAAACCUCGACGAAUAUAGUCGAUAUAAUCAUAAUACACUACGAGUCGAAAUAUACAAUAAAAAUCUGGACAGUUCAAUGCAACGCGGGGUUUGUAUAAAAUAUUGAUAAAACUAAUUCACAUAAGGGUUUUUAAAAUAUAAACUAUAGAAAAAAAAAUAUAGAAAAUAUAGAAAGAUUACAGUAAUACAUUUUUUCCAGUUUGCAGCAGGGCCUUUGAAUUAUAUAGCAAAAACACUGAGAAAAACUAGUAGAAUUGUUUGUUGUCGUGUAUUUGUUUCAGAAUACGCAACUUAUAUGAAUCUUACUUGCCCCUGACGAUCAAUAAAAAAUCAGUCUGAACUCCGAUUCACUAUUUUAAUCUGACAAAACAUAGAGUACUCACUCAAUAUUGGCUUUCAAAAGUUUGGAAAGUUUGAACAUAAUUAAAGCUGGUUGUUAAAAGCCUUCUUUGGGGUCGAAACAACUACUUGUUUAGAGAGUAUUAUGAGAAAAAUAAAUCGUCAACGACCCACACUAUACAAUACUCUGAAAACGAUUGAAA